CCCAAUACUCUCUUGUUCUAAAAUUGAGAAAACAACUGCUUUUCAGAAAGGGUUUGUGAAAAUGGAGAAAGCUUUCACUCUGGUUCACACAAUUGCAGUGGCAACUGUCUUCUCUGCCGUUUCCGGCUGGUACGGCUUCAUGUUUGGAAGAGAAUCUGCUCGCAAAGAACUCGGAAGCUUAAUCGAAGACCUUCGCCGCCAGAACCCCAAUUCCGAUCCGCCACCUCAUUCCUGACUCCUUCAUUUGGGUACUUCCAUUCUCUCAUUCCUGACUUCUUCAUUGGGUGCUAAAGAGUUCUAGCUAAUUGGGUGUGGUUUGUUGGGUUUAAUGUGUGCUCCUUCCCAACUCCUGUAUUAGACCAAGAAGCAUACCAGAAUUGUACAAAGAGAAAUUUGAAGGCUUUCUCAUUCCAAGAGCUCAGGGAUUCAGCCAAUGGCUUCAGCAGGUUACAAAAGCUUGGUGAAGGAGGCUUUGGGAGCGUGUAGAGCCCAAAAAUGGCAAGGGUACUCCAAUUUUGGUUGCCAUAAAAAAGUCCAAUUCUUAUCUUCAUUAAGCUGUUUGCUUAAUUUUUCCAUUUUUUCUGUCUGUUUUUCUUCUCUUCCACUUGGUUUUUCUCCGUUACUCCUUGGUUGGUUCGAAUGAUUGUGAUCGUAGCAUUGAAUGGUACUAUAAUCUGAUCUGAAAGAGUUGUUAUAUUGGAUAGUGAAUUAUAUAAUAGUUUGUUUUUGAGAUUGAA